AUGGCAUUGGCUGCUGACUCGGUAGUCACGAAGACUAUCGAUCUGUCCUCUGAUGAGACGCAGAUAUUGGAGUUGCCGGUAGUGGCGUAUCCCCCGUUCAAGCUGAGGUCUUCUCUCAUUGACAAAGACCCUGUCAUCUGGGUGCACUUGCUUGAGGAAUAUAUUUAUUUGUUCAAAUUCUUGGUGGUUUUAACAACUUCAAAGAAGUAUAGGAAUGUGAAACUUUCCCCCAAGUCCACACAGCAGUUACACUACUUCAUGAAGGUGUAUCUGUUUGAGACGUCCGAGGAGACUUCCAGAAUCUUUUCACUUGGAGCUAUUAACCCGGAUAUUGUGAAAUAUACGAAAAUGCUGAAAGUCAUAGUGUUCCAAUUCAUACGAUGCUACAAUUUGGUGAAUCUGCGGCUUUCUGGUGAAUCUGUGUGGCAUUUCAUCAAGAUCUAUAGCAGAUUGGCUCAUAUAAACAAGAAUGGAAAUCAAUCCGUUGUCACGCUGAACCUGGUCAGGGACUUGGUUCAGGGCCAGGUGAAGUCCAAGUUGAAUUCCAAGUCAGAUGACAUAUCCAUGAUCAAACCCCUCCAUACCCAUCUCAAUGCGCUUAUUGGUGGUGGAAAGUUCCACAAACAGGACCUGGAAACUCUGGCCAUAACGCUGGGUUCCAGGUACCAAUCUGGUGCCAGCUCUGGCUCCAACGUGAAUGCCAGUUCGUCAAAAAGAUCUUUCUCAGAGACUUUUGUCAACAAAGACUGGACGGACAUUCUGGAAAAUCUGUAUAAUGGAGGUACAGGUCUGCAUGCCCAAAUCUGUUUCCAUAUUGCUGUUGUGUCCCUAACGUCGUUGUCUGCUUCUUCUAUUGGCAGACUCGUUCAAAACCAACUCAAGCAUCGUACGAAAAGCCAGUUGGUUGGUAUGAACCCUUUGGUCGCCAGAGUUCUGUUGUCUCAGCAAUUGAAGGAAGUUAUUCCUGGUCUAGAAGACGAACUGAAAUUCCUGGAUUCCAAACCCAAAGUUGAAGCCAAGAAAAACUCUGUUAACCCAGAACACAUCAGGAUGUUGCAGGAAUUCUUUCCGCAGCUAUCUGAUGGUAAAGCGAAAACUCUGUUGCUGGAUACUAAUCAUAAUCCGGAAAUAGCUACCCACAAACUUCUUGAGGACCCUUCUUUGGUGGAUUCUUUGAAGGAAUGGGAAGCACCAAAGUCCAGAUCCAUCUACGACCCAAAGACGUUUGACCCCACGAAGAUCACUUUCGGCAAAAAGGCUAAACCACGGGUUGAGAAAGCAUCCCAGGAGUUCAAUGAACGGACGCUUACCAGUGCCUUGAGACUGUUAUACGAUAGUGAUGAGGAUGAGCCAGAUGAUACAUAUGAGGACCAAGAAGAGACCACUCCCUCUGCUUUAUCCUUAAACAUCAAAACUAGCAAAGCCGUUAGCUUAGAUGAUGAUGACGACGAAGACAAACCUGAGAACAUAGACAAGAUAGAAAAGAUUCUGUUCUUGAGGUUUAAGAGGUCGCCUGACGACCUUCAGAGAUCGGCAAGAAAAACAAGACAAAGACAAGAACUGAAAUCUGAGACGAAUUGGACUGAUGAACAGAUUGAAGGUUGGGCUCGUAUGCUUGUCAAGACCCCAAGGCUGUUCAAGCUUUUGGAGUCCAGGUACAUGGUUUUCAAUAAUCAGGGCUUGAAGCCUUCUACUGCUUACAGAAAGCCUAGAGCUGUUGAAGUUUCUGACUCCGAGGAGCCUAGCACCAGGUCCUCGUCGAAUGCCUCCCAGAGGAGUAACACGCCUAACAGAGCAAGGAAAGAGCAACACAAGGCUUCCGUUGGUAAUCACAAUAGAAAGAGAGGAAAUGAUCGCAAGCUCGCAAAAGAGCUGUGA